AUGUUAUCCACUGGUUUCAGAUCCUUGCUUGUUGCUGGUGCUCGUAUGCUGAGAGUGUCAGCUGUCCGUACAGUGCCGGUGGCCCUCACUAGACGCCAUCAGUGGCGCCCUGUGCUCAGCCAACGGUUCCAGCUGGGCACCACGGCGCUGAUCCAGGGAGAGAAGCCUCAGCUCAUGAUUGCCUUUACCUGCAAAAAGUGCAAUAACCGCUCGUCACACUUAUUUUCCAAACAAGCGUACCUCACUGGAUCAGUGAUGAUUGAGUGUCCCGGGUGCCACGCCCACCACUUGAUUGCUGAUCACUUGGGGAUCUUCAAAGAUAAUAAGUUUGACUUGCAAAAGUAUUUGCAGGAUAAGGGUGAGAAUGUGGGAGGUUUGGGGGACUUGGUAUUUGAAGAUAUCCCUGAGGAUAUGAGAGGCACUCUUGGUCGCUACGCUAAGGAUGCUCCUGAAGAGUACCAGGAUGCUGAAGAGUCUAACCACGAACUUCCUCCUGCUAAAGAUAAGUAG